AUGUACUCGACACAGCACGCCGUCAUGACGGGCCCUCCUCAGGGUCGAUCGGUAGCACCAGAGACGUUUCUCCUGGACCAAGACGCUCAACAAAGCUUGCCUGCAGACUCGAUAGUCGCGUUGCAGCAAGUCGACAAUCUCAAGUACUUUUUGAUCUCAGCACCCGUAGACUGGUCUCCGGAUCAGUACAUCCGACGCUUCCUGCUUCCCACUGGCGAAUACGUUUCUUGUGUGUUGUGGAGCAACCUCUUCCACAUCUCAGGUACCGACAUUGUACGAUGCUUGUCAUUCCGCUUCCAAGCAUUCGGUCGACCGGUCAAGAACUCGAAGAAGUUUGAAGAGGGAAUCUUCUCGGACCUGCGAAACCUCAAGUCUGGCACUGACGCUUCGCUGGAAGAGCCGAAAAGCCCCUUCCUCGACUUCUUGUACAAGAACAACUGCAUCCGCACACAGAAGAAGCAGAAGGUCUUUUACUGGUACAGCGUCCCUCACGACCGUCUCUUCCUCGACGCCCUGGAACGCGACCUCAAGCGCGAGAAGAUGGGCCAGGAAGCUACAACCGUGGCCGUCAGCGAGCCCGCUCUCUCGUUCGAGUUCGACUCCAGUCAGUCGCUGUUUGAACAGCUCACCAAGGCUCAGCAGACCAGCAGUUCGACCUUUGCAAGCGCGCCACCCCCAGCCUCGGGCCCAAUGGCGGCAAACACGAUGGCGGCAGCAGCCGGAACACCGCAGCCGAUGGGCCCUCCACCCAGCACGAGCGAGUCGAUGGGACCACCAGUGGGGGCUAUGAUGCAGGCAACAAGUAUGCCCCUGGCGAUGCCGCCAGAGGAAAUGUUGACACAGAUGCCAACGUACCAGCAGAUGGCCAUGCAAGCGCCCUUGCCAGUUCAAGUGACGAAGACUCGUGAACAGAGUUGCGGUCCCAUCAUGCACUACGAACGCGCCAUGAACGCCGCCGCCCGCCACAGCAGCAUGCCCGCCUACAUGGAGUACUCGCCCGCCCCGUCCUUUGUCUCGUCGCACUUUGAAGACUACAGCCAGCGCGGCAUGAGCUACGAGCCCAUCACCCCUCCGCAGCACCAGAUGCACCAGCAGCAGCACCACUCCCACCACGAGCCUGCCUAUAUUGCAAACGAAGAGACGGGCCUGUACGCUGUCAUGCCAGACCCGGGCAUGUCGCAGUACUACAAUCCUCUGAUGCCUGUCGCUCAGCCCAUGGCCGCUCCUCAGUACCCCUCGAUGAUGCGCCCUCUCCACCACUAUCCCUCGGCGCUCGAAGGCUCUCCCACCUACAAGCAGCGCAGACGUCGCUCGUCCCUGACCCAGCAACCACCCAGCUCGACUCCCCAGAGCGUCACCUCGCACGCCGUCCACCGUCCCAGCGACCUGCGCCACGCCUCUGUCCCCGUUCACGAUGUCGAUCCCGUCUACCACGACUCGCCGAGAGGAGCCACUCCUGUUCGCCAGCAAAAAGACUACUCGCGUCAUGCUACCCCCGUCGACGACGUGCCCCCGGCUGCCAUGCCCUUGGGCCAGGACGAAUACGCACAGGCAUACCCCGGCGAUCAGUACCGCCCCGUCAAUUACGCUCAAGCUGCAGUCAUGCGCACCCCCAACGGUGUCUUCCGUCGCGCUCGCAGUGCUACCGUCCAAGACAUGAACAACCCCUACCCCUCCAAAUCCCACUCAUGUCCCAUCCCCAUGUGCGGCAGAGUUUUCAAGAGGUUAGAACACUUGAAACGACACGUCCGUACACACACUUCCGAGCGUCCCUACGUCUGCCCUCUUUGCAACAAGGCUUUCUCCCGCUCCGACAACCUCGCUCAACACCGUCGCACUCACGAUGCAAACCCCGACGGCACAGUCUUCCCCGAAGAAGACCUGGAAGAGCCCGAAGAAGGUCUUGACCUCUCUGAAGGUGAUGUCAACGACUCGUAUAUUUCCAUGCCUGGCAUGCAUUCCGACAUGGGCCCUCCUCCAUCGCAUAUGCACAUGAGCCAAAUCUCGCGCGACCAUAUGGACCCUCAUCACAUGGACCAUCAUCAUAUGGAGCCUCACCACAUGCAGCAUUCCAUGCCUCAAGGCAUUGUCUCUACAGGCGCCGAGUACCAAUGA